UCUACCAUAAAUAAGAUACUGGUUCUUCGAGCGCCAAAAGGCCGGCCAAGAGAUCUUUUUUUGUUUCUCACUCUCGAGCUCAAGGUACGUACAGAAUAUCUUUACUACCAUGUCAGCGACCAAAGGCUCUGAGGAGCAGAAGCAUGUGGCCUUCUUGGCAUUCCCGUUCGGCAGCCACCCGCUUACUCGUCUGAGUCUGCUGCGCAAAUUAGCGAGAGCUGCCCCAAACGUUCGCUUUUCAUUCUUAAACACAGCGAAGUCCACCCGCUCACUCUUGUCAAAAUCAACAGCUGACGACGACGUUCCACAUAACAUUAAGUUCUUCCAAGUGGCAGACGGAGUGCCUGAGCCUGAGGGUCAUGUUCAUGCAAAAAACCCAGUAGAGGCUAUAAACCUUUUCCUUAAGGCCACCCCCGACAACCUCAGAAAGGGUAUAGACAUGGCAGUGGCAGAGACUGGUCAGAGAAUCACCUGCUUGCUCUGUGAUGCAUUCUUGAGUACUUCUGCUAUGGAGAUCGCCGAGGAUAUGAAUGUUCCGUGGAUCCCCAUUUGGUCAAGUUUGCCGUGGUGUCUCUCCGCUCACGUUUAUACUGACAUCAUUCGCGAGCGUUGUGUUGGUAGUGAAACAACAACAGUGGAUUUUAUUCCAGGGUUGUCCACCAUGCGCGUUGCUGACUUGCCGGAGGAAGUGCUGCUCCGGGAGGACGAAGAAGAGUCGCUUUUCUCACGGGCGCUAAGUCAAAUGGGUUCCGCGCUACCACGAGCCACUGCUGUCGUUAUGGGUUUCUUUGAAGAACUAAACUCUCCCCCUCUCAAUCAUGACCUUAAAUCAAAGUUUCAGAAUGUUUUUAACGUGGGCUUUCUCACCCUAUCACUGCCAGCACCGCCUUUACCACCGUCGAGUUCGGAUCUAACGGGCUGCUUAUCGUGGUUGGAUGGUAAAAAAUCUGGGUCAGUGGCGUAUGUCGGAUUUGGAACCAUGGCUUCGCUGCCGCAUGAGGAGCUGAUAGCAGCAGCGGAGGCACUGCAAACAAGCGGAGUUCCAUUUCUUUGGUCUCUUAACGAAAACUCAAAGGAACUCUUACCAAGAGGGUUUCUUGAGAAGACUAAGACGCAUGGAAAAGUAGUGCCAUGGACACCGCAGACACAGGUACUGGCGCACGCUUCUAUAGGCGUGUUUGUGACACACAGUGGAGCAAACUCUGUUUACGAGAGUAUUGCAAACGGGGUGCCGCUGAUCUGCAGGCCGUUCUUCGGCGAUCAGCACAUGAUCGGACGGAUAAUAGAGGAGGAGUGGGGGAUUGGCGUCGGAGUUGAGGGAGGUGUAAUCACGAAGGAUCGGUUGGUGAAGAGCUUGGAACUCGUUUUGGGAGAUGAACAAGGUAAGGUGAUGAGGGAGAAGGCAGAAGCACUGAAGGAGGUUGUGUUAAAAGGUGUUGACAGUGCUAAGAAAGACUUAAAUAGUUUGGCAGAUCUAAUCUCUGCAUCUUAAAGUUUAAGCAGUUCUUUGGUUCCAUGGCAUCCAUGGCGGUUCUUGGCUUUUUCUACUUAAAUAAUGCUGAAUAAAAUAUAUUAUCUAUCACUUUUACUUA